GUCGCGCAGGUGGUGCGCGUGAAAGGCGCGGAACAGGGCGCGCUGGCGCGUCUUGGGCCCAGCCUUGAGAAGCAGUGCCUGGCGGCUGACAGGCAGGAUCUGGCUCCCAUGGAAGGCGCAAGUGCGAUGCUGGUUUUGUUCUUUGGGCUCGCGGGCAAGCGUGGCGACUUGGACGCAUUCGCGCGCCGACUGGGGUGGGCAGCGGAGAUGCGGGACAUCGUCGACGACGCGUCAGCCUACGACCUGUCGGAUAAGUGGAUCUUCGAGGGAGGGCCAGAGGGGAAGGGCGAGGUCAGGAUGGGCGCGCUGCUGGCCGCACGGGCCGCGAAGGUUGCGAAGGGCGGAGUUCGCGACGACGCGGGGUCGGUCCGCGACCUCGACGGGGGCAUCGCCUGUGCAGCCCAGCUUCGCGAAACGAAGCUGGAUGCAAAGCAGAUCAGGCGCCGGGGGGGCGCGGCGUCGCUGGUCGGUCUCCGCCGCGCGGCGAGGGUGGUUGCCGAGCUGCCCGGGCGCGCGAAGUUGGGCGGCAUCCUCGCUCCUCUGUUCGGCGCCGGAUUCGACAGGAAGCCGCAACUGGUGCAGCUGAUCCUUCACAUGCCGUCAGGCGCUUGUUCCUCGUGUAUUCGGGGGCGCUUAAUGCAGCGGUGGGCCGCGGUGGCUGGCGACCCGGGGGCGUGCGUGCGCGAAUGGCCCCGGGGCGGCGUCGGGGCGGGCAUGGCGCUCGAUCCGUUGGGCGCGGGCGCCGUCUUCUUGCAGAUCCUUCCUGAGCAGCGGCGAGGCGCGCCUUCGGCGGUCGAUUUCGCCGACGGGGUGGGGCCGCCAGACCUGGGCCCGGAGCCCCUGGAGCAGAUCAGAUCUUUCUUAGAGGAGGCCUGGCUGGUCGAGGCGAUGCGCGAGCGGCUCUGCGAGUGGUUCGGCAAGGAGCACGCGAUCUCGAAGUUCGCAGUCAUUGAGCAGGGCGAGCAGGGAAGA